AUGCUCGUGGCUCCAGGCUGGCUUUGUAGGGCAGGGGGCGGAGCCUGUGGAGAGCCCGGGAGCCUCUGAGCGUGGUUGGACCCAGGCAUGUUUGCAGUUAUUUUGUUAUAGUGAGGAAAGGCCUUGCUGUGAGCUUAAGUAGAUGCAGAGAAUGUCCAAACAGGCCCGCACUUCCCGGUUUACAAUUAAUUCAUUCACAUGUGUUUAACACCUAGUAGUAAACCAUUUUGCUGUGUAUUGGGUUAUAGAGAAGAAAAAGAUGAUUGUUGCCUUUUAAAGGAUCAGAAGAUCUAGCAGACGGAGCAGUGAUUGCCCACAGUCAGUAUCAAAAUUCCAAAAGAAUUUCCAUCUUUUUGAGCAUGCAAGAUGAAAUUGACACGGAAGAGAUCAUCAAGGACAUUUUCAAACAAGGCAAAAUCUGCUUCAUCCCUCGGUACCGAUUCCAGAGCAAUCACAUGGACAUGGUGAAAUUAGCAUCACCUGAAGAGAUCUCUUCACUUCCCAAAACAUCCUGGAAUAUUCAUCAGCCUGGUGAGGGAGACGUUCGGGAGGAGGCCUUAUCCACGGGUGGACUUGACCUCAUCUUCUUGCCAGGCCUCGGGUUUGACAGAGAUGGCAACCGGCUGGGGCGGGGCAAGGGCUACUAUGACACCUACCUGAAGCGCUGUGUGCAGCAUCAGGAAGUGAAGCCCUACACCUUGGCUUUGGCUUUCAAAGAGCAGAUCUGUCCCCAGGUCCCAGUGGAUGAGCACGACAUGAAGGUAGAUGAAGUCCUUUAUGAAGACUCUCCAGCAUCUUAAAUCAGAUGAUGACAGCCAUCCUCAUUGUUUUGUACCGGUGUGAGGAAAAUAUAUGUAUUUCCCCUUGUCAGAAAUGAGUCAAAAUGGCACAUUAAAGUGAAUAUGGAUUGUG